CUCGAUUCUCAAAUGCUUCAAAGUUUAGUCAAAAUACAAUUGCCUUACCUCAAGCUUCAUCAUAUUCUAACAAGCAGUGUGUGGCAGAUGAGUAAAAAUAUAAUGAGACUGAUACAAGUUGGAGCUUUGGCAUUUAUAAUUCUUCAAUUGGUUCAUUGCAAGACUGAAACUGGCGCAGCGAGUAAUAGUGACGAAUACGAUACUGAAUCUGGUGAAUUAUGUGUCCAUAGUUUAGGAUCAAGGAAAAAACAUUUCUAUGAAAGAAUUCCUGGAGCAAAAUUUAUUGGAAAAGCUGUUAAGAGCUUAGUGAGUACACCGAAAGAGAAUGUUUCAUUCUACUUGUAUAAGAGGGACUUUCCAACGUGUGCUCAGGAAAUUCGAAUCGAUGAUGAUUCGUUGCACAAUUCAGCAUUCGAUACUAGACAUCCCACAAGAAUCAUCAUUAAUGGCUGGAUGAGUUCAAGUCGAAAUCCCUUUAUUAAAAGUGUAUCAAGUGCUUAUUUCAGUCUUGGAGACUUCAAUAUAAUCGUUGUGGAUUGGAGUUCAAUGUCCAGCUCCAUCAACUAUUACAAAGUGGUCAAACUUAUUGAUAAAGUUGGUGGACGUGUGGCAGACUUUGCCAAACAUUUACACAAAACUUUCCAACUGGAUUUUGAUGAAAUGUAUUUAAUCGGACACAGUUUGGGUGCCCAGAUAGCAGGCAGUGCGGGCAAACAAAUUCAUCCUGACAAAUUUAAUACAAUUUUUGCUCUCGAUCCUGCUGGUCCUUCAUUUAAGGAAAAGGGUAUUGAAGGAAGACUUGAUUCGAGUGAUGCCAAAUAUGUUGAAUCGAUUCAAACAAGUGAAAAUAUGGGCUUCCCAGAACCUUUGGGACAUGCAACUUUCUAUCCCAACAAAGGAACUUAUCAGAAUUGUAUGGGCUAUGGUUGUUCACAUAGGCGGGCCUAUAAGUAUUUUGCUGAGUCUAUUAAUUCUACUGUUGGAUUUUGGGGAGUUCUAUGUGAUAGAGAGCAAAUGAAGAAAGGUGAUUGCCCUGAAGGAUUGAAUCAGUAUAAAAUGGGUGGUGAGCCAUCAACUCCCAAAGUUGGAAUAUUUUAUGUCAAAACCAAUAAUAACUCUCCAUAUGCCAGGGGCAAGAGUGAUUCGUAUUUGUAUGCUUAAAAAUCAUUAUUUUCUUUUUUUUUAGAAUAAAGUGAUUGCAAUAAAUCAAAAUGCCAAAAUGUCAUCC